AUGUGCCCAUCGGCCGCUUCGCCCGGCCGCAAUGCGCCGCUCCUCCACACGGCAUCCUCCACGGCAGAAUCCGAGCGCCGGGUCGGCGCGUGCAGCCUCGUCGUGAUUGGAUUCUUCUGGGUGUCGGGCGGCAUAUACGGAUCCGAGGACCUCCUCUCGGCUGGACCGCCGCUCGUGAUCUUCGGCUUCGUCCUCACGGUCGCGCUCACUUUUGCGCUGCCGAAUGCGCUGAUGACGGCCGAGCUGGCCACCUUUUUGCCCGCCGACGGUGGCCAGGUCGCGUGGGUGUACGAGGCGCUCGGGUCCGUGGGACACCACAACGCGCUGUGGGUCUGGCUGUGCAAUCUGCUCGACGCGGCCGUCUACCCACAGCUGGCGGCGAGCUACGGCUCGCACGCCUUGCGACUCGACCCGAGCCAGUCUCAGGCGCGCGACGCCGCCCCGCCUAGCGCCAAGCACGCCGCGUGGCGGCUGCGGCCAUCGCGUACUGCUUUGUGGGCGGCGUCUGCCUGCUCAAUCUUUGAGCUACUCCUCUCGUGGGCGGUGUGGCUCUACUCGGGCUUCUCCUCCCUCGGCUCGAUGGCGGGCGAGGUGGUCCCGUUCGCGGUCGCCCUCUCGGUCGACCCCGUCCGCCAGCACUUCACCGCCGGCUACUUCGGCGAGCUCGCAGACUCGCUCGGCGGCAGGCCCCUGCGCGCCUUCUUCUCCGCCGGCUCCGUCGCCUCGCUGGUCCGGCUCGGCCGUUCGGUGGCGAUCCUCGCCGCGGAGAGAACGUCGCUCGCCGUCGCGGCGGUGGUCGACGCGCGCGCUUGCGGCGCCGCCUUGCCGCACGCGUCGCCGCCCGCCGACUACCCCUCCGCCUCGCCGGCACACACCGAGUCUCGCGCCGCGACGGGCGCAGUCUCGCGGCUCUGUGCCAGCCUGGUGCGGUGGGUGAGGGCGGAGCCCCCGUGUGGGGGGGCGCCGCGCUGGGCGGUCCUGCUCAACGCGGCGUGCGCCUUUGGGCUCGCGCAGCUUCCGUACUCGUCGCUGGUCGAGGUUGAGAUGACUCUGUACUGUGCGUCGCACCUCUUCUUCCUCGCCGCCUUCCUUGCCCUCCGCGUGCAGCGCCCGCACGCCGCGCGUCUCUUUCGCGUGCCGGGCGGCACGCUCGCCGCUGCCGCCUACUGCGUGCCGCCGCUCCUCAUCUGCGUCGCCACCGUCACGGCAAACACCCUCGCCCUCCGCGACCCGGCUGCCACCGACGCCACGGUCGCUCUGAGGCUCGCGGCGCUGGCGCUCGUGGCGGCCUCCGCGGUUCAUUUGGCGGUGCGCCGCGUGGCUGGGUCGCCGUCGGGAUCGCCCCCCGAGGACAGCGAGCCGGCGGGCGGGAGCGAACCGCCCGCGGCGAGGGCAAUACUUUAGAUUUGCCGGGCGGCACGGACGCUUAAUCCCCGGGUGUACAUAUUGUAUGUAUCGGCGUGCGCCAGCUUGUACCGUCACAGUUCAAACAAGA